AUGACAGGAACCGAGCGUAAAGUCUUCCAGAAAUACUAUCCACCGGAUUUCGAUCCAUCAAAAAUACCUAGAGCAAAGGGGCAAAGAAACAGACAAUUCGUUCAGCGUGUCAUGACACCGUUCAAUAUGCAGUGCAACACAUGUCAUGAGUACAUUUACAAAGGUAAAAAGUUCAAUAUGAAACGUGAGACUGCGGAAGGAGAGUCAUAUCUCGGACUCAAAAUCUUUCGAUUCUACUUCCGGUGUCCGAAUUGCCUGGCUGAAAUUACUUUCAAAACAGAUCUCGAGAACUGUGAUUACCAGAAUGAACACGGAGCCACAAGACUUUUCGAAGCAGUCAAGCUCUACCAAGACCAACAAAAGCAAGCAGAUGAGCAAGAAGCGGAAGAUGCAAAAGAUCCUAUGAAAAUGCUCGAAAAGCGAACAAUGCAAAGUCGGCAGGAAAUGGAAGAAAUGGGAAAUCUGGAAGACCUUCAAGAGUCAAGCAGAACAAAAGAGUGUGUAGAUACGAUUGGUUUCCUGUCGUCUACUGAUCCACAUCUUGCACAAGCUCAACGAAUCAAAAUGAUGGAAGAUGAGGACGAUCGAAUGGCAAGAGAAUUAAUGGGAAUCACAUCUGAUGGACGCAUUGAACGCCGUAUUAAAGACUAUGAUGAUGAUGAAGACGAUGAUAAGGAUGAAGAAAAAGAUGUUCCUGGACCCAGCACAUGGGCUGCGUCAAUGUUGAAACCUGCGAUACCAGCACUCGGAAUGGAAGAAGCGACGAAUUCGAGAAAACGAUUUGAUCAGAAGGAUCGGUUCGCGGGCAUAAAAUUGAUCAAGAAAGUAAAGCCAACAGAACCAACUACAUCAUCAGCUACUACUUCUUCUGCUCCAACUACUUCCACAACUCCCUCGGCUUCUAAACCCUCUACUUCUCAACCUGCUCCAUCGGGCCUCUCUCUUCUUGCUGGAUAUGGUUCCGACUCGGACUCUGAAUAA